UUUUUCUUUUUUUUUUUUUUGGAAUGAAAAAAACACAACGCGCACAUUUCCGGCUUGCCUUUGCUUGGUUCAUUCUUUCCUUUUCUCUGAAAUUUGUGGACCUUACUUUCUUCCUCUACUUCUUCCUCACAGCAGUAGCAGUCGUCCAAAAAUGAUGGUGGACGACAUUUUCCCAGAACCAAACGACACCGAAAACAUCAAUCUCUGGAAUUUCCACAAAACCCAUUUCACAGAAUCGUCCAUGGUGGUGAUCCGAGACUCUCUCCCCAAAAACGAAUUCUCCGUUUUCCCUCCAACAAACCAUGAAAAUCUACGCUUUACUGAAGUACAAGAAGAUUCAUUUUCACCAACACCUCCAUCGUCUACCUUGUCGUUUUCUUCAUCUUCGUCUUCGUCGUUCUCGCCUUCCGACUCAGAUGCAUCUGACCCGGAAUCACCGCUGGCGUCCGAUUCCAGGGUCAAAAUAUCAGGAGACUCCACCAGCUGGAUGGGACUAGGAUUUGAUGUUUUGCUUUCGAAGCUUCGUCGUUUUGCUUCUUCUGCGUUUGGGGGCAAUGGCGCCAUGAAAUGGUGUCUUUGGUCGUUUGUCUCCGGUGCCGGAAUUGCAGCUGUUGUUGUGAUGUGGUGGUCGUUUUUUAUCCGGGCUCGGCUCCGGCGGCGUCAGGAAAAUUUGAUGUUGAUUAUCAAGAAGAAAGACGAGAAAAUAAUUAAACUGUUGCAUCAAAUUGCUCAGUUGAAUGAGCUACUAAUAACUCGCCACAAACUUCUGGCUUCAAAAGUGGCCAAGUGAUUGUUAUUGCCUUCGAGAAAAGUUAGCCAAGUAGUCAAGGGAGCACAGUUUUGGACUUGGUGUUAUGCAUGACUAUUACAGCUAGGAGUAUAGAAGGCAUUACGGUUACGAGGCAUAAUGAUAGGCAUUGACAAUAACCUUUGUUGCUAUUAUGAUAAAGCGCACAUGGUCAAAUUACCAUGCGACGGCCAAUUUGUGCUCCGCAAAUACUCUGCACUGGAAAGCUAUGCCUUAGCAAGGGAUUAGUACAGCACCCUAUGUUUUAGGACACACUAAAGUUAAAAGUUCUAUAAAAUAUUCUUUUAUUUUUUAGGCUCCUGUAGAAUUAUUUGAUGCACUAUUUAGGUUCAUGGUUUGGGUUUUGUAAGUUUGUGUUUUACCCUUUGUAAUGACUCAUGCACAAAGCUUUGUUUGUUGUACCCCAAUUUCGUUGUUCAUUUCAUUAAUGGUGAACCUAAUUAACUUUGUUCGUAAGAAUUUCAACAGUGAAAGAAACAUGAGAAUCUGAAAAAGAUAGUCAUGGUUCAUGAGGGAAUCUCUUUUUUUCCCCUUUAUCUUGGAUCCUACAUUGAAGCUCCAAUGUGCAUCAUUUAGUUCAUUGGCGGAAAAAUACGAUUAACUAUGAACACAAAAUAAAACUUAGAAAGUAAAAACAGAACAGAUGAUAAAAGCUUAAGUUAACUAUAACUGUUAGUAAUGGUGUUAUGUUUGAGAAAAUUGUUCGAUGCUGGUAAAGGUUGGCUCUUUGUUCAUUUCGAAGAAGCACAAUAAAAGAAACAUUUGCUAUUUGACUUUGGACAGUGUCCCCUAUAAGAUACAAUUACGUGGGUAGCCAUUCUAAAAAAGAAAAAGUACAUUUUCUUGCUUUCAUGCUUUAAGAAAAUUAUAUAUUUAUUUAGGUUGCAAAAUUCAGGAAACAAGAACGCACGAUGGUGUUGACUUAGCUAUAAUCUAUAUUAUAAAGGAUUCCAUCCAACUCAUAUUUUUGGUGGGGGAGUGAAAAGUUACAUUCUGGAUUAUUUGUAGUUGUAUACGAGUCCAUAGAGGCAGGAGAAACAAAGGAAUCUUGGGAAAACAAGUCUGUCUUUUCUUCUUUUUCUUAUUUUUGUAGUCAACUAUAUCUCCUAUUGCUAGAAUCAGAAAUGUAUGGCAUGAUUGAUAACAUAAUGAGCAAAACCGAUAACAAUGUACAGUAAAUCAUUAUUUUUCCCAAUGCAAACAACUGAAAAAUGCCAAGAAAAGAUACUUAAUAACAAGUCACUUUCUAAAUUGUAAGAAGAGCCUAAGAAAAUUACAGUUUAUGGCAUUUUCCCUUCCGGGAAUUAAAAAAUCAAUGGUCUGUAAAAUAAUGUGAUCUGACUAGAAACUACACUAUACAUUUUCUCAAGCUAACCGAAAAAAUAAAAUAAAAGUGGGAUAAAGGACAAAAGAGAAAAAGAAAUCAAAUACAACCCUUUGCACUUUAUCAAGAGGACGCACAGUGAAGAACAGGUUAUAUGGUGUAGUUUUCUAUAUGAAAUUAAAGAGAAUGUACGCCACGGUUAGCUCUUAUGGUCAUGGGAACCCACAGUUGAUGCCAAAAGGGAUUAAAAUCAGAUCAAGCGUACAUUAACAUGACCCAAGUUGGUCCUUUCAUCAACAUCUACACAUAUUACAAAGAUGAAAUCAAUGAGACAAUUUCAAUUCCUUAUAAAUUAACUACAAAAGCACUGAUAAUACAAAGAUGGAUAUCAAACUUAUGAAAGAAUUUUCUUCUAUGGAUCUCAGAAAGCAAUGGCAAAAGACAACAGGUCGAGCAAAACUUACGCAAGAUGUGAACUGUUAUCAAUAUUAGAUCUGUUUCUGUAGUUGAUGACUUAAAACAUUGCCUACAGAUUAUCUCACACAAUGAAAGAUUUGAUUGUAUAGUAUUACUAACUAGCUCUUCGACCCCUUAAUCUCCUGGACAGGAUGCCGCCGAAUAUCGAACUUGUCAACGUACUCAAGAGGAGUGACUGUCUCAUUCCUGACCCUCUUGAUCUUAGGACUCAACAAGCCCCUGUGCCUGAAACCAUACAGCUGAAGCACUUGGUUGUCUGCAAAAUUGAAUGCCCUUUCCAUACUGCUCAAGCACUUCUCAACCGGGUAAUCUCCAUAGCUCCCACAAGGCUUGCAGCCCACAAAAUGGGUCACAAAUGGCCAUCUCUCAUCUCCCAAUCCUGGAUGAUACUUCUCUAUCAUCUCUUCAUAACGAUCAACUAAACCAGCCCAAUAGCCAUGUAAGUAGUAUGAAUUCUCAAGAAACACCUUAUCCAUCCAUUGGUCCUUCUGUGAAAGCAAUAAGUAUAUCAAUGCUGACUGAUCAUCUGCCUCAAACGCCGGCCUUCCCUUGAGAUAGGCAGUCAAAACCCUCCCAGCCUCUUCUCGAACCGGACCCUUUGGACCCAUUGGAGCCCAAGCAUCAAGCAAAUCCAGAGACCAUUGACAAUUUCUAAACAAAAAGCUACCAGUAUUCAAAGCAAUCCAAGAUUUUUGUUCAAACAUCAAAUCAGGGUACCCGUGAACAACCAAAUUAUAAUUAUCAUACUUAGAAACUGGGAUCUCAAACACCAUAUCAGUAAACAAUGCAUCACUAUCCAUCCACCAAAUCCACUCAACUUCAGGAUGGGAUAACAUCAAACGCCUAAGUAAUGGCAAUUUCGCCCAAUACCCAGCAAGCUCCUUAUCCAAAUGAGCCAAAUUAUACACAAUCUCAAUCCCAUGAAGCCUACAAUAAUCAAUCUUAUUCUUAAUCCCUUUCAGCAAAUAAUGAUCCCCAAUUGGGUUAUCACAAGGCUUAGGUGGCGACCCAGUUACGAGCAAAAUACGAGGCUUACCAUUCACAUAGCUGGGAAACUCCGGGUUCGAAUCAAGCCAGGCUUUCCGCUCCUGGUUCCAAUUUUCGAUCUUGGGGCCAAGAGUAUAUGUAACAUUAGGAUUGAUCUCAGAGUCGGCAAGCUCAUCCGGGUCGUUGGGAUCACCGUCGGAUCGGAUCUCGGCGAGGAUCCGGUUCGUCUCUUCGAUGAUGUGCUGGUUGACGGCGUCGGAAUCGGAGCCGCCAAGGUUUCCGACUCCGAUUGUUCCACGUAGAACAAGGAUAGUAACGAAACCACACAGAAUGGUAAUCUUGAUGUUGUUGAAGGUUUUUUGGAUCUGACGGCCACGAGGUAAGCUCCCAAAUCCACGACUUCUACCAUUGACAGCUGAGCCAUUAUUACUAGUCGGUAACACACUUCCUCCACUUCUCUUCUGAGCCGUAAAGCUCUCGUGCCCCAUCUUUCUCUGUAAACUUUUUCCCCGACUAUAUAUAUUUAAAAUA